UCAUGCUGCUGCCAGGUAAACCAUCAGUCUGUCUCCUCAUGGGUCCCUGUUACGCCUCCCAUUGCUGCUGUCUCCAUCGCCACACUCUGCCAUGUGCCACUUUCAGGUCUCCUCACACUGCUGGUGGGUUCCAUUUUGUCAUAGGGUGCUGGCAGAUUACGGGCCUCCCAUUGCUGCUGCCAGGCCCGUAAUCUGCCAUGGGCCCCCUGUACCGCCUCCUCAUGCGAAUGCUGCCAGGUCCAGAGUGUCCUCAUGGGUCCCUGUACGGCCUCCCAUUGCUGCUGUCUCCAUCGCCACACUCUGCCAUGUGCCACUUUCAGGUCUCCUCACACUGCUGGUGUGUUCCAUUUUGUCAUAGGGUGCCUGUAUGGCCUCCCAUUGCUGCUGCCUCCACCGCCACACUGUGGCUCCACACUCUGGUUUUAGCCCCGUGACUGCCCAAAUGAGUGAAGUGUGCGGUGAUUCUAAGAUCGACGGCACUCAUCUGCAUGUCAUACUGACUGACAGUAUUAUUUCUCUUCCCCAGCAGACUCCAAGGGCAUUUAAAUUAAGGUACAGUGUUCUGCACUAUUAUAA